AUGUCAGACAGUCCAUUUCCAGAGAUGUUCAAAGACCUGACCUGGCGCUUCGAAAACGCGACAACUGUGCGGGUUUCCUGGAACGCUGCACCUGCCAAGUACUCCGUGUCCUACAGCUCCGAACUUAACGUGCCCGUGGAAAUGUGGGACUCCAUCGACACCGUGGGCAAUACUGCUUUGAUCACGGACAUCGACCCCACAAGAGAUACUUACGUCAUGGUGACGAGCUACGACCCGCAUGUGUACAGCCCUAUCAAGACCAUACCGGCGCAAAUAUCAGAAGCAAGAGACCUGCAGUCUUCGUUCACCCGCUCGGGCGUGGAAGUGCGCUGGGCGGGCGGCGGGCCGCGCGUGGUGCGGUACUCCCAGAACCUCACGCACUCGCUCGACCUCUGGCCCUCUUUGAACGCCACCGGAUCUAGCAUUGAGAUCACGAACCUGGACCCGUCCCUGCCUACUUACGUGAUGGUGGCGGCGCCGGGCCAGAGCCAGCGCAGCCAAGUCCUCACGGUGCCCAGCCGGCCCGUCGAGCCGCCGUCUCUGUUUCUAGGGAUGGGUAUUGGAGUAGGCGUGUGCCUGCUGCUCAUCCUGGCGGCAGCAGCGGUCUGCAUCUGGCGCAAGAGGAAGAGGGCAGGCACUCCCUUGAGGGCCCGUCGAAGGCACUCGUCGGCGAAUGACGACGACGACGAGGAAGCUGCUGAGAUGAAGACCGUGGGCGGUCGGCUGGCCAACGGGGGCGGCUCCAAGGACGCGGGCGAGCCCUUGCUGAAUGGACACGUGCACAUCACAGAGAACCCGCAAACAAAAACACCAAACGGCAACAUGAAGAAGGGCCGCAUGCCGUUCGACCUGUCCCGCCUCGAGGACCCCGACAGCACUUUAGAGACGGUCCUGGACGCCGACGCGUCCGCGCUCACGCUGGACCUGCUGGAUACGUCGCGGCCCCCCGAGCGGCCCCCCGAGUGGCCCCCCGAGCGGCCCCCCGAGUGGCCCCCCGAGCGGCCCCCCGCGCCCGAGGAGUCGUUCGCCAAGCUGCCCGACGACAACAUGAACUCCGAGCUCACCCGCAGCGCCUUCCACACCGACAACAGCAAAAUUCAACCCACGCUUCAACCCAACGGUUGAGGACCCCCCCGCCCCUCCCUCCCAGAACUACACGCGGGGUAGGCGGCCCCCGAAGCCUAACGGUUUCACGCGUCGAUUCGAUGAGAUUGUACAGAACCACUUUUUUCUAGUUGUCCGACGGAGAUACGAUUAGAGGCUCGUUUUCGCGAGGAUAGCUUGGCGUUUCGUUCCUAAUAGACUUUAAUUUAAGGCUGAUUUUUUUUUGUAAACAAUACGGGUAUGAACCGAUCGGAAAUAGCUCCUGUUCCCACGCACGUUGAGUUAUUCUCGCUUAAACCGCGUUCACACACUGCGAUAGCGUCGACGUGUUGUCUGUUAUUGAUGAUGUAUAUAGUGCCCGUUUUAGGCGUAGACACUUGUAUAUAGAGUUAUCGGCCUGAGAUAUAGCGUCGAGACAAUAAAGUAGGCAUGACGCGGUAGCCUUCGCGACUGAGCGUACGAUUGUACAUAUAACUUAUACAUGUUGUUAUAUAACAGUGCCUCCGAAGUACACAGUACACACCUGUGAACACCGAGAUACAAAUAGUUACACAAUUAGUGCAACAUGAUCGUACAAAAUAUAGACCAAAAUAAAUCCAAACACCCGUAAUUACCUAAAUUCACAUAUAACACAAAACUAUUUAUUCAUGUUGAUAAAAAUAAUAAUAUAUUUAUUUUUUUCUAUUAUUAUUUUUUUGUUUACUUCGCUCAGUUCUUAGACAAAGCCUCAGAAGCUACAUUAUGUUACCUUCACACUUACAUUCCAGAAUUUUAUAUAUUUAACACACUAUAUCUCCGUACCUAUCUGUCUGAACGCACAGUUUUUUUAUAUAUCCCUGUUAUAGUUUUAUUAGCAGUUAUUUUUUACACUCUAACAUUACACAAAGUUGUUUCAUUAGAUACUUAAAAACCUAAGAAAAAGUAGAUAGCAUAAAAGUAAUAUGUAAUUGUAAAAAUAAUAAAAAUAUAUAAAAAAAAUAAUUUAUUACAACGAACUACUGAUAUUAAGAAACGUAAAAUAGUUUAUAAAGAAACGUUAUCGUUAUUAGAAAGUUACUAAACGUUAUUUAUGAGCUGACUUUUUCAACUUUUAAAAGUUAUACUUUCUUUUAAUCUAAAACUUAGGCUGUUCUCACACUAGCGUUUGCUAAGCGUGCGCGUUUCUCGUACGUGUAACGGGCACACACGCUUAAUUUUUUGUCGGCAAAAUACAAUAUUUGUGAAUAUAAAUGCUUUAAUCUUCUUUAACGUCAUUGUCGUAUCUUGUGCAUACGGAAAUUGAUUAAAGUUAAUUUAAUGCAUUCAAAAACAGGCCAAUUUCAAAUCCUGUAUUGUUUAGCAGAAUACCGACUUAGAAACUGUUUCUCCCGUUUGUUCCUUUUUGUGUCUGAUUGUAAUACACGUGUUGAUGCUUUUCACACGUUCGAAAAACGCUAAGGCUUGCCCAGCGCUAGUGUGAUCGGGGCCUUACUUAGUUCGUUGUUCAUUAUUCCAUAUCACAAUAUAUCUACCUCAUCACUUCUCGUUGUAAGAUUCUUUUAGAUGUUAAAAUUUAAUGUUGAGACGAUUAUGUUUCGUGUACUUCUGCCCAUCGAUCUGUGCGUAGGUAAUACUGCUCGAUACGGCACUUACUGGUUAAUUAGACAUAAUAUUUUAAUUUAUUGUUAGGACCCUAAACUAUAUGUAUUACAGGCAUUUCCAUUAACGAAUUCUAGAUUUUUAUCCGUAAAAUCAACAUUAGCACAAACAUUUUAAAUAUCGUACCUAAGGUACUUUCCGCCUAUAUAAUUUUGGGUUAUAUAUAAAAUAACCAUUUCUAUUGUAUAUAAGUUUACACAUCCAAUACUAAUUCGCAACGAAUUUAAAAUACUUACGAAAUAAUUUUCUCUGUCUGAUAAUAAUCUGAUAAUUUCAAUAUUGUACUAUUGUUGAUGUUACAUUUAAAAUAUCAAGCAGUUUAACCGUCGGUUUAUUUCCUUUAACACUACAAACAAGUAAAUAUAGUAACAAUCGAUAAGUAUUUAUAUAAUUUUGAGUUAAAUAAUUUUUGCACCUAGGUACAAUUAUUAAUAAUUAAGUUUUGAAAGAGCUAAGUGUUUUAAAAAGUAAUAAGAUGAUUAAAGUUGUCAUGAGAAAAAUAUAUAAGUACUUUUUAAAACACUACAGGCCGCUUGUAAAUAUAAUUAUUAUAAACGAAGUAUAAACUCAGUUUAAAUUUAAAAUUAAAUGGGAAAACGCCGACAUUGUACCUGAUCUUCAAUUACACUAAGUUAACUAGACUUAGGUGUAGUGUUAGGUAUUUUGAAAGUCUAGAAUUUUAUAUUUGACGCUAGGUUUAUCACAGGGUCUUACAUUUGAUUCUGAUUGCGGUGACUCGACGGGUAAGCUUGUGUUUUAUAUACUUUUUUUACAAUAAUUUUAUGCAGUAUUUUCCGCGUGUAAGAAUUUCGCUGUUGUCUUUCUUUGUGUAUUACUAACAUUUUAAAUUACCCCAUUCUAAGGACUAACUUCAGCCAAAUAUUAUGAUAAUAUUAAGCACAUUUAUAUACUGUUUCACUUUUGUUAGGCGAGUAAAUGUUUCUCAUGUAAAUUGUUGAAAAAUAAGGAGUGUUGACAAUGUUGAUGAUGAAAUAGAUACGUUACACAUUAAUGUUCAAGUACCGUGUAACCUGUUAGAUUUACACACGCGGCUCAUCAGUCUUAACAACUUGACCUCAAUACCGUCUCUAUGUCCCACGGAAUAAGAGCGAUCUUUGCAGUUCAACUGUUACACUUGAUGUGCCGUCGUUGUACUAUAGACUUGUAGUUGUUUUAUGACACAUUAUUGUACCUACUUGUAAGUGCAACGUCACACGUUCACUCUAGGUUGUGUUUCUUUUUAUAUUUAUUUCAAUCAACGUAUAGUAUCAAAGUAUAGCGAAUCAACAUUUCUUGUUAAAUAUUUUUAAUUACUUGUGAAACCAUUUCCCUUUAAUUUACUUGUGAAACCAAAAUGCUUAUUGUCGUCGCAAUAACUGAUACCUGAAUUAUGUACAAUGAUUUUUGUAAUUUAUUGAUACGCGAUAUUUAUUCAGUAGGAUACAUGCAACCACGAUGCAUUAAGUAUAUAAUUACAGCAUGCCGUAUUUUGGUUAAUUUAUCUUCCUCGGUUAAUAUAAGUUUUAAAAGGUGUAUAAGUAAUAAAAAUUUUAACACCAAUUUUUGACCAAACGUUAGAAUAAUUUAGCCAAAAUAUGUGCGUGGAUAUUUUAUAUAGCAUAAGUUAGGUAACGUUUCUGGUAAUUGUACUAAGUUUAUUAGUAUCUACAGUUUUUAUUUCAAUUUACACUUUUACAUUGGCUUUUCCGUCCUUGGAGUGAAAAGUGAAAAUCGAAAGCCUGAUGUUGUGCCUCUCUUAUUAUUUGAUAUUACAUUGCGCAAUAUAACAAAAAAUACGUAAACAAUUAAUUCGCUAAGAUUAACUUACCUUUUUAUAUGGCACAUUUAUUAUACAAAUGGCAACAUUGGCAACUAUAGGUGCUGGAAUUGGGACAUUUAAAAACAUUAAAAUAGAAAAUUUAUUGAUGCACGAAUGGGCAGAGGAAGAUUAUUGUUAAAAGAAACUAAUAUUUUUUGCGCUGUGAAAUGAAUAAUACUGAAACAAUAUAUUUUCAGCACCUGAGUUGCCAUAACUUCAAACUUUACUCCACACUCUACGCGGGUAAAACCAUUCCACUUUACAAUAGCCCACAUUUAUUAUUACCACACAUUCCAUAAUCGGCUGCAAUAGUAUUCUUACGACAGUUAAAUUUUGUAAAUAUAAUUGUUAAUUUAUUUUGUUUUACUCUACCUUUACCGUAUGCUUACAAUGUAAUGUUAAAGCAAUAGCAUAGAGAUUUAUUUGUAGUAUUGUUAUGUAUUUACAAAGAUAAUGUGCAUGAAGUUUUUACCACACUUAUGUAUACCAAUCUGAGCAUGUAAUAUUUUUUAAUCUGUUUUUUUAAUAUUUUAUAAAAAUGAUUUGGAGUUUACCUUUUUUGUGUUUAAAAAUUGUUGGCAGCACCGCUUCUUUGUUUAUUUAGUUUUUAUUCGUAUUUUAUUUAUAUGUCUAUUUUCUAUUAAAAAAAAUAAAAGCAAUAAUGUUUAAAUUUUAAAGUGAUUGUUAAAUUAAAUGAUAUGAAAUUUGUACAAGAGAGAAGAAUUUACCAUAUUUUAAACCACUGUUAUAGAAUAAUCUCACUUUGAUAUUAGGUUCGGUUUAGUAAUCUCACUCUUUUGCCUUUUGUGAUAAGGCUCUAUUUGGUGUGAUGACGAUUUACCAUGUACUUAGAAUAAUGCGUCCAAAUGUUUUCUUGUAACUGCUUAUUUUGGUAUUAACACGAGUUUUGGUUCGAGUCUCAACUGACCUGGCAUAAAUAUGUUGUUCCACUUACGUUCAUAACUUGACCAUUUUCAUGCUAUUGGUCUACUUUGUGACGAUUAUACAUGAAGUAUGAAAGUUACAAAAAUAGUAAUUUAAAUAUUAAAAAAAAACUGUUUUAACAUAAUAAAUAAAUAUAAGUCAAUUUAUUAACAGUUAUAUUGAUAUGUAUAAAUCAGGGGACCAAUACGACCUCUGUAAUAAAAUAUAACUAAUUUCAAAUUGUUUGUUUCUUAAAAUCGUUGCAAAGAGCCAAUAGCAUUGUAUAAGUUAAGGUGUUGUUGUGUAAAUUAAUAUAAAAUAUUAUCGACCAGUGUGGUGGCUCAACUUUGAAUGUAAGGUACCUAUUAUUAGCCACAAACCCUGAUAAAAUGAAAUAUUUGUAUUAAAAAGUUGCUAAAACGAAACUGGGGUAUUUUAAUACUAGAAAAAAUAUUACAGUACAACCGUUAUAUUAUACAAAUUAUAUUGGAGAUUGAUCAAUAUAAAUGGAAGUUGAAAAGUAAUUUAAACAUUGGAGAUGUAUUAACAAAAAAAAAGUUUUAAUAAAAUCUAAAUAUAAAACUUAUAUUUUGUUUUAAAAUAUUCCAGUUUCGAAUUCGUAUGUAAGAAAAUCAUCGGAAUGUGACGUAAAUGGGGACAUGCUAAUUCAUGUUUGUUUUAAUUUCAUCACCAAUAAAAAUGGUCAAUGUUAUACAGAAAUUCUAUAUUCCCCAACUGGUUAUAAAAUUUACAAUAUAGUCAAGCUAAUUAUGUAUCAUAUUUUUUUGAAAUUAUGUAUGAUUAAUUAUUUUAUACUUGCAGUAAUACCUACCUGUCUUUGUUAUAAGUUUGCAUUUGUUUAAUUUAUAUUGAUAUAUAAUAUUUGUGUGUAUAAAGUUAUUUUCCACUUGGAGUUGGUAUGUCCCCGCUAACGAUAUUAGUUAUAUUUAUAAUUGAAUCUACCUCAACCAAAUUACCCAUUAAUGUUGUUUGUAAGUGUUCUUUUGAGUCUUAUAAUUACUAAUAAUUACUGAAUUGUAGUGUUUUUGAUAAUAAAGUUAUAAUUAGUUCCAACUUAUCCCAUUUUGAUAUGGUAAUUAUUGUUACCAGAAUAUUGAAUGUGGUGGACUGCCGAUUGGUAUUGUCGUGAUCGGAUGAUAUUAAAUUUGAAAGCAUUUAAA